AUGUCGGUCCGGGCAACAUCUCAGUGCAGCUGGGGUCGGCCCCCGAUGCAUCUUUCUGACGGCACUGGCCGAGACUGGUACAUCCUCGGGGAUACGCGGAUGAAGAAUGGCAGAUGGGAGCCACCAGCCACGAAGCCCAUGGGGCGAGGCAUCAGCGAGCUGAAGACGGGCUGCCGGAGCUAUCCAACGAAGAGAAGGCCAUCUCCCGAGAAGAAGCUCCAGACGCUGUCGCUGUCGCGAAAUGUGCAGAAGAGGCCUCCGAGCGAAGUCAUCGAGCGGUGGCGACAGCAGGCCGACUACGCAAAUUCCCUCUCACGGACACCGAGUUUGGACGUCGACCCGUCCAUACGGCUCCCCGAAGCCCCUACGGAUGCGUACUCGUACUUCUCAGACAACCGAAUGGUCCGUCGGAUCGCCUUCA